GUCUUGACAUAGCAGUUUUGCCGGUGUCACGUGACAGGUCGUCGGCUGUAUAGUCUGUUGAACUUGUGUCAUAGCUUUUGUUGAGAGAUUAACAGAGAACACACAAUGUGGAGCUAGGCUCUGCCUGCCAGAGAUAGCCUCAGUCCUGGUCGAGAGACCACAGCGACCCUCUGUUUCCAAACUAACUCCAGCUCCACUUUUAGCCACCGCCGGGAUGCUGCUCAUCCAUACAACCAACUGAACUAAAUCUCCUUGGGUUUCGCUCCUCACUAUCAGAGAGAGAAAGAGAGGGAGAGAGAGGGAGAGAGAGAGAGAGAGAGAGAGAGAGAUAGAGAGAGAAAGAGAGAGAGAGCACACCGCUUCAUUAACUCUUCCAGCCCCCCUCCAAUGAAACCGCACCUUGUUCCCAAGAGCACCAUCCACCAACACAGAAAAUGGUUGGGAAGUCCCUGAUUGCUGGUCUGGUGGUCCUUCUGGUGGCUGCAGUGAGCCUGUUCCUGGGGGUGUUCAUGGGCCUGGGGAAGAAAAACACUCCCCCUCCCCUGGACCACUUCUACUCAAAGGCCGCUGUGGCUGCUGAUGCUGGAAAGUGUUCAGAAGUAGGAAGGGACAUUUUGAAGAAGAAUGGGUCAGCCGUGGAUGCUUCUAUCGCUGCCUUGCUAUGUGUUGGCCUUCUGAACGCUCACAGCAUGGGCAUCGGUGGAGGGCUCUUUUUUGUAAUCUAUGACGCUGCCACAGGAAAGGUAGAAACCAUAGAUGCGAGGGAAACGGCCCCCAUGAACGCCACUGAAGACAUGUUUGGCAACAACACAAAACUUUCCCGUACAGGUGGAUUGUCCAUAGCCAUUCCUGGGGAGAUCCGAGGUUACGAGAUGGCCCACAAGAGGCAUGGCAGGCUGCCAUGGAAGGACCUGUUUGAGCCCAGCAUUGCCUUGGCUCGAGAUGGCUUUCCUAUUGGAAAAGCUUUGGCUCAUGCUAUCUCCAAGAGCAAAGACUCCAUUCAAGGAGACGCCAACAUGUGUGAGGUGUUUUGUGAUUCUCAAAAAAACAUACUGAAGGAAAACGACAUUGUUAGAUUUCCAAAGCUGGCCGAGACGUACCAAAGAAUAGCAGAGGAGGGCCCUGACGUGUUUUAUAACGGGUCAAUGGCACAGAGCAUCGUCGAGGACAUCCAGGCGGCAGGAGGCAUUAUCACCCUGGAUGAUUUGUUGGAGUACCAGCCUGUGCUGAAUGAGAAUCCUCUCAAGCUGAACGUGGGGGAAUACACCAUGCAUGUCCCAGAUGCCCCCUCCAGUGGCCCUGUGCUGGCACUCAUCCUCAAUAUAGUGGAGGGGUACAACUUCACAGGCACAAGUGUGUCAACAGCGGAGAAAAAGACCCUGACCUACCAUCGAAUCGUAGAGGCUUUUCGUUUUGCUUAUGCAAAGAGGAGCAGACUCGGGGACCCACGUUAUCUUAAUAUUACCGAUCUCAUCCUAAACAUGACCUCAGACUACUUUGCUGAUGGCAUAAGAAGUAAAAUUACAGAUGACACUACCCACCCAGACAGCUACUAUGAGCCAGACUACUUUGUCCCAGACAACCAUGGGACUGCUCACCUUUCGGUCAUAGCUGAGGAUGGCAGCGCUGUGGCGGCCACAAGCACCAUUAAUCUGUACUUUGGUUCCAAAGUCAUGUCGAGAUCAACUGGAAUAAUUUUCAACGAUGAAAUGGACGACUUCAGCUCGCCACACAUGACCAACGGGUUUGGGAUCCCUCCAUCACCAAACAACUUCAUUCAACCAGGCAAAAGGCCGCUGUCUUCCAUGUGUCCUACUAUCAUCUUCGACAAACACAACAAAGUCAAAAUGGUUGUAGGAGCGUCCGGUGGUACAAAAAUCACCACAGCCACUGCAUUAGUCAUCCUGAAUUCCUUGUUCUUCAACUACGACCUAAAGAAAGCUGUGACAGAACCGCGCGUUCACAAUCAGCUCAACCCAAAUAUGACAGUUGUGGAGCAGGGCUUUGAAAAGAGUGUUCUGGAUGGUUUGGUCCAGAAGAACCACAUCACACAGCUGCUGCCGACUCCAGACUCCGUGGUCCAGGCGGUGGUACGGCAGGGAGAGCGUCUCUGUGCGGAGUCCGACCCAAGGAAAGGAGGCUAUCCAGCGGGAUACUGAGCGUGACUUCAGGUCCUUCUGUGCUCCUCAAAGACACUCGGACAGAGACGCAACACAAACAGGUGCCUGCACUGAAGACUCAAGCAGUAUUUAAGCCAUGGAGACACAGCCACCACUUACUCAAACACGGAAAAUAACUCCAAUCCCAAACCUUUUUUACUCAAACUCAGUAAUUCAGCCUUUAUAUUCUUUCUUUUUGGCAUCACUUUUGAGUUUUUAAGUCAAAUAAGAGGUAGUUUGACUCUUGGAUCACCACUACUGAGAGCUGGUGAUUUAUUUUUUAACACAUUCUGCUUUAUAAAAUAAACCUUUUUUAAGUAUGUCAGAGUAUUGGACAUAUAAAAAAAAACAAAGAAACGAAUAAGUAUGAAUAAUUACAAAAAUAAAAUAAAUGUUUUUUAGGUAAGAAUCUGGGAUGUAGGUUGUCAAUGUUGUACCUUCUUUUUAUUGUCUAAGGAAAAAAGCUGCUGUCAAUAAUUGGACAAUUUGUCUGAAAAAGAGGGGAGUUUGUUAUCAACCAUCAAUUACAAACUAGAGCUUUACCAAAUAAAUAAAAACACCUCAGGUUGUUCGCCUGUUUUACUAAAAUGUCUACCUAAACUUUUCUUCUGGUGUAAGUUGAUCCUGAAAACAAAGAUUAUCUAGAAGGAACUGAACGUGUUGUUUUCUACCGUGACUCUCUAAUGAAACUAUUACUUUUUGAAUUGUAAAUGUUUAAUAUCGAGUAGAGGUUAAGUGAAAGUAUAGUGUAUCCUGAAAAAUACAUUUGCAGAUAUAUUUUUCUAAACAUGCAUUGUUCUUAUGCCAUGUUCUUAUGCCAUGCUUGUUAUUAAACAUUUUGAACAAA